UGCCACGUGCAUCAAUGCAAAAGAAGUACAGAGGAAGAAGAAGCAGUCAAGUCGUCUUCUUUUCGAACUCGGCGGCACGAGUUUACUCCAGCUAAAGAUUACAGGUUGCACGCCGACACCUUCGAGACCACACCUUGUACCGUGCCUCGCACAUCCAAGGGCAGAACCGAAGCCACCAAAUCCUCUGUCACGAACUGCGAAGACCUACAGCAGAGCCAGCCUGUGCCAUGGUCCUGUGGCAGCCUUUCCGACGCAUGCGGUUCCUUCGCCGCCGUGCCAUGGCCCUGGCGCUGGCCAGCUGCGCCAUGCUGAUCGGCUUCCAGAUGAAGUUGAUGACCUCCUCGAGCGCCUGGCGGCCGCCCUGGAGGCAGGGGCGACUGAGGGCCGCCGGGGUCAGCGGCCAAGAGGGCCACGUAGUCGAGCACCACGGGCGUGAGAGCAGGACGGAGAGGGACCGUAGGAUCAUGGAGCGCCAGAUUUUCAGGGACAACGAGCAGGCCGACCAUCGACACGACGACCCGGCCCCGUCGUGGUCGCGCAGCAAGUUGCCCUGGUUCUUCACCAACGGCACCGAAUGGCCUCGUCCGUCGAGCAGGCUGUCGAGGCUCCCCAACGUGUGGCCCGACCCGCAGUCGCCGCACGACGACCGCAUCGUGUCGCAGCUCAUGUACCUGCCGCCCGGUUACAAGGGCCAGCCCAAGAGCAUCAAUACCACUUAUGAUACGAAUGACCUCAGGUUGGGUGAUGCAUCGAAUGAUGCGGCGGCCGUGAAGACCAUCGUCCUGUACGGCGGCUGGUACGACUUCCUGGGUGGACGCGAGCUCUUUCUGAGGGACCGGUGCCCAGUGGACAAGUGCGUCGUCCACCAGGGAUCGCACAUGAGUGAGCGAAAAAGCGCCGUCGUGGAUGCCUUCAUCUACAAGGACUACUACUACCACCCUGCGGUCCCGAACAUCACGGGACGCCAAGUGAAGAUCAUGUACCUGCUCGAAAACCCGAUGCACACAUUCGUCCCGAGCGGAGACGCGGGAAUCGACUGGAUGGCCACCUACCGAAAGGACUCGGACAUUGUGACGCCGUACGAGAAAUUCGUGCUCUUCGACCCGCUGGUGAAAGCUAUCAAGCGCGACUUCGACUACUCCCAGAACAAAACCAAAAUGAUCGCGUGGUUCGUCUCCAACUGCGCCGCCUCCAACCGGCGCCUUGAUUACGCGCACCAGCUGCAGAAACACAUAGAGGUGGACAUCUACGGUUUGUGCGGCACGCUAGACUGCCCUCGCUCCGAGAGCGAGAGGUGCUACCAGAUGUUGGACAAUGACUACUAUUUUUACCUGUCUUUCGAGAACGCCAACUGCAAGGACUACAUCACCGAAAAAUUCUUCAAUGCUCUACGGCACAACGUGGUCCCCGUGGUGAUGGGCGCUUCCCGCGAGGAUUACCUGGCCGCGGCUCCGUACCACUCGUACAUCCACGUGGACGACUUCGGGUCGCCCAAGGAGCUGGCCGAGUACCUGCAGCUGCUCAGCCGCAACCGGACGCUGUACAACCAGUACUUCGAGUGGAAGGGCACCGGGGAGUUCGUCAACACGUACUUCUGGUGCCGCCUGUGCGCCAUGCUGCACGCGCCGCCAGCUCCGGCGAAGCGGCGCACGCAAAGCGUCCACGAGUGGUGGCACGAGGGAACGUGCAGGGCGGUGGCGUAGUGCGAGCGCCCAAACACACGUGGGGGGGGGGGGGGGGGGCGAAUGGCAUUUGUUCGCGCUCGCGGGACAGCGUGUUUACUACAUCGCUCGUGGUUCCUGGCGAGAACUGUCGCUAUCUCAGGACUUUCGAGAACUAUACUGCGCGCGUCUCGACUGUUGUCGUCGCAUGCUUGCGACAUCGACCGUGAACUCUUUCCGGUAUAGACUUCUUUUUUUUUACUACUGUUGCUUCAUGAACUUUAGUUGUUUUUCGUCUGUUUGUUUUACCUUUCUCGCCGCUGCUUGCCCCGCCUGUGUUGCGUGUGUGCUCGGUAGUUUUGCACGCGUUAUGAACGCGCAUUUGGGUUGAGCACCGUAAAACAUGUAGAUAGAUUCGUAUUCUUAAAGACAAAGAAAAAAACGGUAGUAAAAUAAAAGUGUGCGGGAACAAUCGAGAAUGAUCGUCAAUGUUAGCGAGUGGCACGAACGAAGAAACGAACGAGCGAGCGCGCGAUAAUUUUCCUUCCCCUCUACUCGCAACACGCUCGACAGUUCCCCCGCUUCCCCACUCUUCCCUCCCUCCCUCUCUCCCCGCAAGUCGGUUGCGCG